CUCUUUAGUACGCCCAAAUGGUCAGACCAUAGCCUGUUGAAUCAUGAUUUAAAUACAUAUUGUUUUGUUGCAUCAGAAACAAUAUUUGAUUAUUGUAGUUGUAAUAUCCCCAUAAAGAAUUAUACAAUAUAACUAAAAAAGUAAUUUUUUCUACAUAGCCAAAAUUAGUUUUCAAAAUGUGUGCAAAAAUGGCUUUUCAACACCAAGCUGGGACGGCUAUGGAAUGUUUAAGCAUCCCGAUAACGCUGCAUAAAGAAAAUGAAGUAAACGCAAGUGGAGAGGAAGUAAUGAAAUGUGGAUUCAAAAUAGGGGGCGGAAUAGAUCAAGAUUACCGGAAAAGUCCACAAGGAUACACAGACAAUAUUUAAGUGUGGUUCCACCCUGCGGCCAGAGGGAAACCUUUUUGAUAUUUGAUUCGGAUCUCAUACGGAACGACGUACGAUAGAUAUCAAAUCUUUUUAAAUGUUUUCUGGAAAUGACCUGUUUUCAAGCCAAUUUGACCGGACUAUGAAUCCCGUAAUGGAGAAAGACAGU